CACUACGGUAGUGAGAAACAGGAAGUUCCGGGUAGCCUGCCACCAUUCUUCGGAAUAAAGAAAACGACAGAACGGUGUUGUGCGUUUCGCUUUAUUUCUACAGGCCAACUCCGAUUAUAUCUGAGGCCGGUAACAUCAAAAGUGAGGACAAACCCAAUCUACAGUUACUGGGUCCUGAUUGUGACAGUGGAGCCCAGUUUGCACUGCAGGAUCCAGAGAUGUCAUCAGUGAAGCUGGAAGACUGCAGUCAAACACUGGAGCUGAAUGUCAUCAUUAAAGAUGAAGAAGAGGAGGAGAAGAUUGGGGAAUCUGUUUAUGAUGGACACCGUGUUGAGACAUUCUCUACAUCCAGAGAGCAACAGCAGGAAGAUCACAGAGCUAAGAGGUCUCACCAAUGCCCACAUUGCACUCGCCGAUGAACUGUCAUCACAGGCUCUGACAGUUCAUCGGCGAGUGCACACUAGAGAAAAACCUUACUCCUGCUCUGACUGUGGGGAGAGUUUCUCUCAUCAGAGCAACUUAAAAACACACCAACGUAUACAUACAGGAGAGAAGCCUUACUCCUGCUCUGACUGUGGGGAGAGUUUCUCUCAACAGAGCAGCUUAAAAACACACCAACGUAUGCAUACAGGAGAGAAGCCUUACUCCUGCUCUGACUGUGGGAUGAGUUUCACCUCAUCAAGCAGCUUAAAAAAACACCAACAUGUGCACACAGGAGAGAAGCCUUACUCCUGCUCUGACUGUGGGGCGAUUUUCUCUCAACAGAGCAGCUUAAAGUCACACCAACUUAUACAUACAGGAGAGAAGCAUUACUACUGCUCUGACUGUGGAAAAUGUUUCACAAGAUCAGUUGAGCUGAGAGUUCAUCGGAGAACACACACAGGAGAGAAGCCUUACUGCUGCUCUGACUGUGGGAAGAGUUUCUCUCAACAGGGCCACUUAAAAUGUCACCAGCGAAUACACACAGGAGAGAAGCCUUACUACUGCUCUGACUGUGGGAUGAAUUUCUUUCAACAGAGCGGCUUAACGUCACACCAACGUAUACACACAGGAGAGAAGCCUUACGCGUGCUCUGACUGUGGGAAGAGUUUUUCAAAUCAGAGCAACUUAAAAACACACCAACGUAUACAUAAAGGAGAGAAGCCUUACUCCUGCUCUGACUGUGGGAAGUGCUUCACAACAUCAACUGAGCUAAAAGUUAAUCAAAGAAGACACACAGGAGAGAAGCCUUACUUCUGCUCUGACUGUGUGAAGAGUUUCACCCGAUUGGCUACCUUAAAAACACAUCGAUGUAUACAUAAAGGAGAGAAUUCACAUCACUUCUCUCAGACCAGCUAAGAUUAAAGUCACUCCAUCAAUUAAUCCUCAUCUCAUAAAAGAAGUGGUAACAGUGAAUUCGAUAACAUUAAGAAAGAGUAACACUAUUGUAAUCAUAUUGUUUCUCAUUGUGAGGGAACUGUGAAGAGGAAAGAGUGCGUUAUAGAAUGAUGUCUUUGGAAAUUCUAUUCUUUUUUUAAUGCGCCAUUUGCACAUGUGUUGAUGGUGGGGUGGUGCUGGAGAUGAUGAAUAUGAAGUUCAAACAUUUUAGUAAUUUCCCUUUAACCCGUUGGGGCUAGGGGGCAGUCGGACAAAAAGCGUACCCGAUUUAAACUUGUUACUACUCUUGCCCAGAAACGAUAAUAUGCAUAUAAUUAGUAGAUUUGGAUAGAAAACACUCUAAAGUUUCUAAAACUGUUUGAAUGGUGUCUUUGAGUAUAACAGAACUCAUAUGGCAGGCCAAAACCUGAGAAGAUUC